AUGUUGGGAUUUCUCUCAGAAAGCGGAAAGUGGUCCGUCUCCGGCUGGGUCAACAAGCUCAUGUUGAAACUCCAACCGGGGAUUGCAUGGGAGGAGCAAAUCAGCAAGCUUCACGGGCUACAGCAGAAGAGGAUCACUGAGACACCUCUGUUUUCAGCUGCAAGAGUAAAUGAUGUGAGCGCCAUUAAAAAUCUCUUGGAGUCAUCAACUGUGGAUCCUUUUGAGAAAGGUGUGAUGGGUGAGACAGCAUUGCACAUUGCUGCAUUGUACAAUAAUAAUGAAUAUGCAAAAGCACUCCUUGAAGAAGUGCCAGAUCUCAUCAAUGUACCAGCCACCUCCGAGCUGUAUGAAGGGAAUACAGCUCUACAUAUUGCCGUGGCAAAUGGGAAUUCUCAUUUGGUUAAAGAACUGAUAAACCGAGGAGCCAAUGUAGCAUCAUCACGUGCAACUGGGAUCUUCUUCAAAAGAAGUGAAAAGAAUUUAGUUUAUUAUGGGGAGCAUGCACUGUCGUUCGCUGCUUGUGUUGGAAAUAAAGAGAUUGUGCAGUUCUUGAUUGAAAACGGAGCAGAUAUUAAAGUACAGGAUUAUCUGGGUAAUACUGUUCUGCAUCACCUGGCAUUACAGCCUCAAAGUUAUGCGGCAGAGAUGUAUGAUUUUAUCGUGUCCCUAGAUCCAGAGAAUGGAAAUACCACAGAAGCAAUUACAAACAAUAAUGGACUGACUCCCUUCAAACUGGCUGCGCUGGAAGGAAAUGUAGAGCUGUUUCAAUAUUUAAUGAAAAAGAGAGAGUGUCACGUUCAAUGCUUUUUCAAGUCGAUCUCUGGCACUUUCUGUAACCUCUCUGGCAUUGACUCCUGGGACGAUGACCACUCAGUCCUCGAACUGAUCCUGUGCAAUAGAGAAGAUGAGGCCUUGAGGAUUUUCAACAUCCCUGCAAUCAAAACACUGAUUCACUUCAAGUGGAACAAAUAUGGAAAGUAUUAUUUCCGAAUUCUUGCUUCCAUCUACUUUAUUUACAUCAGCAUAUUCACAGCGUGCUGCAUCUUUCGUCCUCUUGUACCACGGCAGAAUAAUGUCACAGACCCAAGAGAUACUCAGAUUUUGGAAGAGGCACCAUUAGAUCUGUGCUAUAUAUCAACAGAAGAUUAUAUCCGCUUGGUGGGGGAAUUAAUUUCUGUCUUUGGAGCCAUUGCCAUUCUUCUUGUAGAAAUUGUUGAUUUUUUACGGUAUAAAACAUCAGGGUAUUUUGGGAAAACUACUCUUGGAGGCCCAUUUCAUGUUAUAAUCAGCUGCUAUGCAUUCCUAGUGCUAUUGAUUUUCAUCCUUCGACUUACAAGUGCAGGCAUUGAAGAGUUCUUCAUGACCAUUGCCAUUGCCUUGGCCUGGUGCAAUUCCAUGUACUUUGCUCGAGGGUUCCGGAUACUUGGGAAAUUCACCAUCCUACUCCAAAAGAUUAUUUUGGAGAAAUUUUUGACAUUUGUGGUAUUAAUGACAAUGGUACUAAUAGGAUUUACCACAGCGCUACACUUGUCAUUCAAAGAGCUUGAUCCUUCUGAGUGGCUGCAUUUUCAUGGCUUUAAGAAUCUGAUAUUCCUGGUCUUCAUGCUCUUUUUUGGACUCCUUGACAUCCCACUGAACUAUGACAAGUAUACUCCUUUCAUGGUCAAGAUUUUAUAUGUGUCCUACAUUAUGAUGACCUUCCAGAUGAUGGUCAUUCUCUUUAUCUUUUUGAUGGCCCACACACUUCGACGGGUGAUGAAGAAUUAUGAUGUAUUCUGGCAAGCCCAGAUUACAGCAUCAACAAUUCAUAUGGAGAGAUGGCUUCCAAAACACUUCUGGUCUCGUGCUGGUACCUGUGGUGUGAACCUUGGACUUGAUAACAACUGGUAUAUCUGGGUGGAUGACAGCAAUAGUCACAGUGCUCUGAAGAGCUCCUGCAAUUCUAAACAUGCAAAGGAAGAAUUCCCACAAUCUGGGAACAGUGUGGAGAAAGAGCUGGACCAUUCACCUGCUGUUGCAGAUAAAGAUGGGUUCAACCCUGGCAUGGAGCUUCACUUUCUCCACAGCAAGUCAAAGGCUCACCUCUCUGGUGGUGCUCACACUGAGGUUAAAGAGGCUGAGCUCUCUCUGUAA